AUGGUUGGCGGCUUGAUUGGGUCAGUCUGUGUGAUGAUCUGCUCUCUCUCCCAGACCAAUGUAUUCCUGGCAGUUUUCCUUUUCAUUUCAGGAAUGGGAUACGCAAUGACUGUACUCCCCUCUGAAGCCUUAGUUAUAUGUGUGUUUGGAGACAAUUACCUGCUUCCAUUCUGCGUAAAUGCAAUGGGUGGCGGUGUCGGAAUGAUGAUACUGCCAUUCUGUGUCCAGAAACUGUUACCUAUCUAUGGUUGGCGUGGGGCGCUCCUUAUUCUUGGGGGAUUCAAUCUCCACACUGUCGUGUCUGGGGCGUUGUUCCAAGCACAAGUCCCGAAGGAAUCAGUCACAGACGGACCGACAGAAAAGGAUCAAUUGAUUUCAACGGUGGCGAAUGAUCCUCUUGAUGACCUGAAUGAAUGUAGCCAUGGCGAAAGCAAACUUGGAAGAGUUUCACUACCUAACCGAUGCUGCAGCAAUGUGCGGGAAUAUCUUUUGUCAAACUUCAGGGUGGUCAGAGAAUUUCCACUAUUGAUCUAUAUGAUGAUAGCAGCGUUUCUCCAUGGUAUAACGCACGCUGGUUGGACAAUAUUCGUUAUAGCAAAUGCAGAGUUUAAGGGCAUUCAAGAAGAAACUGCCGUCUUUCUCUCUAUCGCUGGCGGAGUCGGAAACACAAUUGGCCGCCUUUUUCCAUCUGCCCUUAACAUUUGCAACAAAGACUUAUUUACUUCUAGAAUCUCUUUCCUGGCGUUCGGUGGAGUCGGGGCGGUGCCUCUUUGUUUGAACUCGGUAACGACAAGUUUUCCAGUGCUUAUCGUAUUUGCCGGCUUCAGCGGUUUGGCAUUAGGGGCCAAAGCUGUCUGUAAGAGUGCAGCAACGGUGGACAUUGUUUCGGAAUCUUCUUCGUCAACUGCCUUGGCUUUCGCAUUAGUAUGUUCGGGUAUGGGAGAACUAGCCGGGGGAUGGUUGACAGGCAAAAUCUGGGAUGUAACCGGCUCUCUGGAAAUAGCUUUUCUUUUUCUUGGACUUAUUGAUAUUCUGGGUGUAGUCACUUUGUUGCUUAGUUUAAUACACCAGAAGUUGAUGAAAAUGAAAAGCAAGAGCAAUAAAAUCCAAGCAAUGUGA